AUGGUCCUUCUUGAUGAUUAUUCACGGUACACUUUGGUUGAUUUUCUUAGAGAAAAAUCUGAGACCUUUGGACUAUUCUCAGCUCUAAUAUUGAGACUUCAAACUGAGAAAGACUCAAAAGUUGGAAAAGUAUUUCGGCUAAGGAGUGAUCAUGGGAAGGAAUUCAAAAAUGUUAUUUUCUCAGAUUUUUGCAAUGGAAUGGGAAUACAUCAUGAGUUCUCUGCCCCAAAAACCCCUCAGCAGAAUGGAGUGGUUGAGAGAAUAAAUAUAUUUCUACAAGAGAUGGCUUGGGUUAUGCUGCAAGCUAAGGACAUGUCAAAGCGGUUCUGGGCUGAAGCAGUCAAUAAUGCCUGCUACUUUUGCAAUCGAUUUGAUGACUUAGAAAUUAGUGAAGAAGUGAGUGUCGAUGAUGAUGCCCCAGUUCUAUCUGGACCUGGACCAAUCACCACUAAGCCUACUCAAGUUUAUCCUGACACUCCUAUUGAGUCCCUAAACACUGAACCUGCAUCUUCAAAUGAUUUAGAACCAGACAUCAGCGGUCAGAAUGGUGAACCUAAAACGAAAACUUCAGAAUCUAUUGGCGUUUGCAUGUUACCUAUCUCAAGUGAGCCCAAAAGUGUUAGAGGUGCCCUGUUGGAUGAAUUUUGGUUGGCUGCAAUGCAAGAUGAAAUGAGAAGCUUUAGAAGACUUGGUGUAUGGAUUAUGGUUCCUCGGCCUGAUGGAGCAAAUGUUAUAGGAACUAAAUGGCUGUUUAAAAACAAGUCAGAUGAAUUUGGGACAGUUACAUAA